AUGUCAAAUAAUAUUGAUAAUGAUUCAAUUACUGUUAACGACUGUUUAGUUUCAAUUAAUAAAAAAUCCAAUUCUGGUGGUCGACCUCAAGGAGAAAUAUGGAAUGCUUAUACUAUCGAACAAAAAAAUGGGAAAUACUAUUCUAUUCGAUGUGACUAUU